UUAGUUUUGUUGCCCAUUUUAUCGUCAUUCUUUCCUACGGAAUUUCGGCUGGCUAACUUCCCAGGAGGACGAAAGUUUUAUCUGGAAAGAGUAGUAGGUGAAUGCUGAAAUUGACAGUGGAUUUUCAGUUCCCCAAAAUGUUAGUCUGCCGCCGGGGAUUAGUGAGAAUCUGUCCUUCCUGAACCCGUAAAUUGCCAACUGAAUCACAUGAAUUAAAAUGAAAACAAACUCGGAUCAAUUUUGUGAAAUAUUGUUUGCUGAAGCCAAGAAAGUGUCACUUGACAUUGUUUCAGUAAACAAAAAGAAAAAAAACUAAUUUGUUUCCACUUUCAACCAUAGUUAUUAGAGGAGACUGGUUAUGAAAAGCGGCAAACAUCAAUGAUAAAAACAACAGUGCUGCAGUUAAUGUUGGAAGCACCCUGAAAGUGCACAAUCCUUUGUUUUCUGUUGGCAAAUUGUUGCGGAAUAAAUUAAUGCAACGUUUUUAUUGGUCAAUACAAUCAAAAUGAGAGGAAUUCUUUUGAACGUUGUGGACUUUCAGGUCCACAAAAACAUAUAACAAAGGAGUCUGACGGGUUUCAUAACCAUUCCACUCAAUUAACUAUGUUUCAACAUACUAUUAAAUUUAUAUAGCGAUUCACAAAACUAGUUUUGUCAAACGACCUCUUCAGUUGAUCGCCACAGUAUUCAAAAUAACAGACACUCUACCUAGCAAUGCAUGAAAAAUGACCCCUAGUAAUAAUGAGGCUAUUGGGCUACAACAGUCCUUUUGGAUGCGGACGUAGUUCCAUUCACUUUUUUUUCACCCUAAAUGACCCGAUCCUUUGUCAAGGGAUUAAAUUAAUACCACGGCUUUCUUUAUGGGGAGAAAUGCCUUUUACAAAAGUGUGUGUAACCUCACCUUAUGACCUGUUUAUUGUUUAUUAUCAUUUUGCCACCCAAACAAACAUAUACGUAGAAAGUUUAAAAGAAGAGGAGGCAAGGGAACCCAAGAAAGCCAAGAAAGCCAAGAAAGCCAAGAAACCCAAGAAUAAGGCUGGAGAAUAGGACUCCUUAAGGGAGCCAGAUAGCCUGUGCCAGGCUCUCAGAUAGUAUAGUGGGAACGUAUUAAAACGAGCAAAACGAAAAUAAGACGCGCAUGACUUGGGAAAGGGGGCGGUGGCGGCGGGAAAAAUGUCCCCAGCCCCCGCGCUUAUUACUGAACGACUUUCCACCACCAUCUCGGAGCCUGGAACAGGCUAGGGGCAAGACGUCGAAUUUAUCAUGAGACGACCUAAAUUACGAUUUGGGUAGACAUUAAGUUCGAUUUAAGUGAACGAUUAUACUACCUAAUUGGUAGUUAAUUUCGCGUUUUUGGCGAUUGUAAAAAAAUCCCGAAAUUAAAGACCCGCGAAUAUAAAUCAGCGCGUAAUGUUAAAACCCAUGUAGAAAAUUCAAAACACGCCAAAAAAUAUAUAUAUUAACAAUUUACCAACAAAAUAUACAUUAUGUUCAACAAACACACAAAUUGUUGAUUGGUUUUACUGGUAAUGAAAAGUUUUAUUUUGUAUCUUCAUUUGUGAAAUAGCGUUAAUUGCAAAGAUUUCACACAUUGCAUGUUCCAGUUUAUCUAGAAAUUUUAAGAAGUUCAGACUUUUUGAAAAAUAAAAUCAAUUUGAGAAUGCUUGAACCGCAAAACUUAAUGGCCUUUUUUUUUUUUUUUCGUAUUUGCCUGUUGAAAUCGCGAAAAUAAAACCCUGCGAAAAACUAUCUUGCCAAAUUCGUGAAAUUAAGUAUUUCUUUUUUUUUUUUUACUGUCACUUUUUCAUGAAUUUUUGCGGCGUAAGUAUUUCGAGCACUCGUGAAUUUUAUGCUUUCGUUUUCCUAUCCAGAUUGUUCCAGUUAUCACUUUGAAAAAUACCAAGAUUUACCAACCAGAGGAACUCACGCCGUGGAACACUUCAACAUCAAUGGAAGUUUGUUUCUCGCAUUCGCCAACUUUAAAAGUGACACCGCCGAAAAAUUUAACACAGACUCUUUCAUCUACAAGUUCAACGAUUCGACUAGAAAAUUCUUCCUUUAUCAAACCAUUGGUACAAAUGGAGGGCUUGACGUGAAAUAUUUUACAAUUUCUGGCGAACAUUACCUUGCUUUUGCUAAUUCCUUCAAUGGAACUACAAGCAGAAUGAACUCAGUUAUUUAUCGUUGGAAUGGAACAUUGUUCGUUGCAUUUCAAAACAUUGCAACGAACGGAGGAGACAGCUUUGAUUUUUUUGAAAUAGCAAAAAAACCCUUCCUUGCCAUAUCCAAUGUCUACAAUGUCUACAGUGGCUUUACACUUAGGGAAAAAUCAAGCAUCUACGAGUGGAGAACACACAGAUUUGCAAAGUUUCAGGAGAUAGAAACAAAUGGAGGUCGUGAAAGUGCUGCUUUUGUAAUUAAUAAUGAAAGCUACAUUGCUUUUGCAAACGCCGCCGCGCAUUCAGUCAUUUAUAAGUGGUCAGGGAAAAGAUUCUUUCACCUGCAAAAUCUUCCUAAAGCGGUGGAUUUAAAAUCAUUUUACGUUAAUGAUCACGCCUUUCUUGCCCUUGCAUCUUCUGUAGUGAAUGCGGACUCAUCUAUUUACAAGUGGAAUGGCAACCAGUUUGUGUUAUUUCAGUCUAUUCCUGCUCGUAGAGCGAGGGGCUUUCAUCCAUUUGUCAUGUGUGGUCAAACGUUUCUGGCUGUGGCUGAUCGGCACAACACGAAUUCCGCACUGUAUCGGUUCUCUCAGGGCAAGUUCACCAAAUAUCAGGAAAUUUCAACCGUUGGGGCGAUUGAAAUGACGUCAUUUGAAUAUAGGGGUCAUACUUACCUGGCUGUUGCUAAUUCAGGAAAUAAUAACCAAAUGAACAUUAAAAGUACGGUGUACAAGUGGAUCUAA